AUGUGUUUGACUGUAGACUACACAGAUGAUCACAGAGCCAGACCCCCACACACGAUCACAGAGCCAGACCCCCACACACGAUCAGAGACAGACGAUCACAGACCCCCACAGACGAUCACAGAGCCAGAUCCCCACACACGAUCACAGAGCCAGACCCCCACACACGAUCAGAGACAGACGAUCACAGACCCCCACAGACGAUCACAGAGCCAGACCCCCACAGACGAUCACAGAGACAAACCCCCCACAGACGAUCACAGAGACAGACCCCCUACAGACGAUCACAGAGACAGACCCCCCACAGACGAUCACAGAGAUAGACCCCCCACAGACGAUCACAAAGCCAGACCCCCACAGACGAUCACAGAGACAGACCCCCCACAGACGAUCACAGAGACAGACCCCCCACAGACGAUCACAAAGACAGACCCCCCACAGACGAUCACAGAGCCAGACCCCCACAGACGAUCACAGAGACAGACCCCCACAGACGAUCACAGAGCCAGACCCCCACAGACGAUCACAGAGAUAGACCCCCCACAGACAAUCACAAAGACAGACCCCCCACAGACGAUCACAGAGCCAGACCCCCACAGACGAUCACAGAGCCAGACCCCCACAGACGAUCACAGAGCCAGACCCCCACAGACGAUCACAGAGCCAGACCCCCACAGACGAUCACAGAGCCAGACCCCCACAGACGAUCACAGAGACAGACCCCCCACAGACGAUCACAAAGACAGACCCCCCACAGACGAUCACAGAGACAGACCCCCCACAGACGAUCACAGAGACAAACCCCCCACAGACGAUCACAGAGCCAGACCCCCAGAGACGAUCACAGAGACAGACCCCCCACAGACGAUCACAAAGACAGACCCCCCACAGACAAUCACAGAGCCAGAUCCCCACAGACGAUCACAGAGCCAGACCCCCCACAGACGAUCACAGAGACAGACCCCCCACAGACAAUCACAGAGACAGACCCCCCACAGACGAUCACAAAGACAGACCCCCCACAGACGAUCACAGAGCCAGACCCCCACAGACGAUCACAGAGCCAGACCCCCACAGACGAUCACAGAGCCAGAUCCCCACAGACGAUCACAGAGCCAGACCCCCCACAGACGAUCACAGAGACAAACCCCCCACAGACGAUCACAGAGACAGACCCCGCACAGACGAUCACAAAGACAGACCCCCCACAGACGAUCACAGAGCCAGACCCCCCACAGACGAUCACAGAGCCAGAUCCCCACAGACGAUCACAGAGCCAGACCCCCCACAGACGAUCACAGAGACAAACCCCCCACAGACGAUCACAGAGACAGACCCCCCACAGACGAUCACAGAGACAGACCCCCCACAGACGAUCACAGAGCCAGACCCCCACAGACGAUCACAGAGCCAGACCCCCACAGACGAUCACAGAGCCAGACCCCCACAGACGAUCACAGAGCCAGACCCCCACAGACGAUCACAGAGCCAGACCCCCACAGACGAUCACAGAGACAAACCCCCCACAGACGAUCACAGAGCCAGACCCCCCACAGACGAUCACAGAGCCAGAUCCCCACAGACGAUCACAGAGCCAGACCCCCCACAGACGAUCACAGAGACAAACCCCCCACAGACGAUCACAGAGACAGACCCCCCACAGACGAUCACAGAGACAGACCCCCCACAGACGAUCACAGAGCCAGAUCCCCACAGACGAUCACAAAGACAGACCCCCCACAGACGAUCACAGAGACAGACCCCCCACAGACGAUCACAGAGACAAACCCCCCACAGACGAUCACAGAGCCAGACCCCCACAGACGAUCACAGAGCCAGACCCCCACAGACGAUCACAGAGCCAGACCCCCACAGACGAUCACAGAGAUAGACCCCCCACAGACGAUCACAAAGACAGACCCCCCACAGACGAUCACAGAGCCAGACCCCCACAGACGAUCACAGAGCCAGACCCCCACAGACGAUCACAGAGCCAGACCCCCACAGACGAUCACAGAGAUAGACCCCCCACAGACGAUCACAAAGCCAGACCCCCACAGACGAUCACAGAGCCAGACCCCCACAGACGAUCACAGAGACAGACCCCCCACAGACGAUCACAAAGACAGACCCCCCACAGACGAUCACAGAGACAGACCCCCCACAGACGAUCACAGAGACAAACCCCCUACAGACGAUCACAGAGACAAACCCCCCACAGACGAUCACAGAGACAGAUCCCCACAGACGAUCACAAAGCCAGACCCCCACAGACGAUCACAGAGCCAGACCCCCACAGACGAUCACAGAGACAGACCCCCCACAGACGAUCACAAAGACAGACCCCCCACAGACGAUCACAGAGCCAGACCCCCCACAGACGAUCACAAAGACAGACCCCCCACAGACGAUCACAGAGACAAACCCCCCACAGACGAUCACAGAGCCAGACCCCCACAGACGAUCACAGAGAUAGACCCCCCACAGACGAUCACAGAGCCAGACCCCCCACAGACGAUCACAGAGCCAGACCCCCACAGACGAUCACAAAGACAGACCCCCCACAGACGAUCACAGAGCCAGACCCCCACAGACGAUCACAGAGCCAGACCCCCACAGACGAUCACAGAGCCAGACCCCCACAGACGAUCACAGAGCCAGACCCCCACAGACGAUCACAAAGACAGACCCCCCACAGACGAUCACAGAGACAGACCCCCCACAGACGAUCACAGAGACAGACCCCCCACAGACGAUCACAGAGCCAGACCCCCCACAGACGAUCACAAAGCCAGACCCCCACAGACGAUCACAGAGCCAGACCCCCCACAGACGAUCACAAAGACAGACCCCCCACAGACGAUCACAGAGCCAGACCCCCACAGACGAUCACAGAGCCAGACCCCCACAGACGAUCACAGAGCCAGACCCCCACAGACGAUCACAGAGCCAGAUCCCCACAGACGAUCACAGAGACAGACCCCCCACAGACGAUCACAAAGACAGACCCCCCACAGACGAUCACAGAGCCAGACCCCCACAGACGAUCACAGAGCCAGACCCCCACAGACGAUCACAGAGACAGACCCCCCACAGACGAUCACAGAGACAGACCCCCACAGACGAUCACAGAGCCAGACCCCCACAGACGAUCACAGAGACAGACCCCCACAGACGAUCACAGAGCCAGACCCCCACAGACGAUCACAGAGCCAGACCCCCACAGACGAUCACAGAGACAGACCCCUACAGACAAUCCCAGACCCCCACAGACGAACACAGACGAUCACACAGCCAGACCCCCACAGUCCAUCCAUAGACUCCCGUGGGAACAAUGAGCUCAAGACUCUGCAUGCUUUAGCCUUUAGCUUGACCUCUGCAGAGAUGGAAACCAGUGCAGCUCCAGGAGAGACUAAAGCUGCUGCUCCUAAGUUUGACCAGAAGGAGGUGCGUCAGUACAAGAGCAAAGCACCUAAAGCCGGACACAAGAGAUUUGAUGAUCUUCCCGGACUCGAUGGUCUCGGAGGAGCUGAGGUGGUGUGUCCCUGGGAGGCCUUUGGAGACGUGGAGCUCAGUGACCUGGCCCAGUUUGGCAUCGUUUAG